AUGAGCCAGCAGGAUGUGGUCGCCGUGCUUUCAGAACGCCUUCUCAUAGCUGCGUACAAAGGCCAAGCCGAUAAUGUGGUGCAGCUUAUCAACAAGGGUGCCAAGGUAGCCGUUACCAAGGAUGGGAAUACCGCUCUUCAUGAAGCAUCCUGGCAUGGCUUCAGCCAGUCUGCCAAGCUUCUUGUUAAAGCAGGAGCCAACGUGCUUGCCAGGAACAAGGCAGGGAACACCGCUCUGCACUUGGCUUGUCAAAACAGUCAUCCCCAGAGUACCCGGGUUCUUUUGCUGGGAGGAUCUCGACCUGACCUCAAAAAUAAUGCAGGAGAUACCUGUUUGCACGUUGCUGCUCGCUAUAAUCACUUGUCCAUCAUUAGGGUUCUCCUCAGUGCUUUCUGUUCUGUCCAUGAAAAGAACCAGGUCGGGGACACAGCUCUUCACAUUGCUGCUGCACUAAAUCAUAAAAAAGUGGCUAAAAUUUUACUGGAAGCAGGUGCUGAUGGGACAAUUGUCAACAAUGCUGGUCAGACUCCACUAGAGACAGCGCGGCACCACAAUAAUCCUGAAGUAGCUCUUCUCCUCACUAAAGCACCACAAGUCUUGCGCUUCAGUCGUGGGAGAAGCCUAAGAAAAAAGAGAGAGAGGCUCAAGGAGGAGAGGAGAGCUCAGUCUGUGCCACGAGAUGAGGUGGCCCAGAGCAAGGGAAGUGUCUCAGCAGCAGAUACUCCCAGCAGUGAGCAAGUCACUCAGAAGAAAGAAGAAGCCAAAGAAGAAUUCCACUCAGCCUCUCCAGAGCCCCGGACAAAGAAUAACCGAAAGAAAAAGCCAAAACAAAAGGUAUCUGCAUUCUCUGACCCCACUUCACCAGCAGACCAGCAGACCAUUCCUGGGCACCAGAAGAACUCACAUAACCACCCCAAAAAGAGGAAUAAGCAUCGUUGCUCCUCUCCACCCCCUCCUCAUGAGUUCAGAGCAUACCAGCUAUAUACUUUGUACCGUGGAAAGGAUGGAAAAGUUAUGCAGGCACCAAUAAAUGGAUGUCGUUGUGAACCAUUGAUAAAUAAACUGGAGAAUCAGCUGGAGGCAACAGUUGAGGAAAUAAAGGCAGAGUUUGUAACUGUGCAGGAUAAGAUGAAUACAAAACUGGGCCAGAUGGAGAAUAAGACCCAACAUCAAAUCCGUGUUCUGGAUAAGUUGAUGACUGAGCGGUUAUCCGCAGAGAGAUCAGAGUGUCUGAACCGUCUACAGCAACAUACUGAGCUGGAGAAGCACGAGGGAGAGAAACGACAGGUGUCCCUGGUGGAUGAAUUGAAAACAUGGUGUAUGUUAAAGAUUCAGAAUCUGGAGCUGAAACUUUCUGGAGAUUCUAGAGCCUCUAGGCCCAAAUCAACCCCAUCCACUUCUGAAUCCCUCACAGGUGCAGACCAAUCAGUGGUUACUACCACCAGUCCAGCCACUGCUUCUGCUAACCCUCCUCAGGUUGUCAGGCCCAAGGAAAAGGCACUUAGUUCUGUUUUCAACAGACUCCAGCAGGAGCCAUCAUCAUUAGACUGUGGGAGCUCAAAACUGAGACAUGUCAAGGUACAGACAGCUCUAUUGCCCUUGGUUGAAGCAACUAAAUGUGAGCACCAGGCUGGUCACUGCCUUGACAAAGGCACUCAAACGAAGAAGUCUGGGAAAUGUGGGCAGACAAGGCAUAGGCCCCAGCAACACGCAUCUACACAUGUCUCUGGCAGUACAUGUACCCAGCAGCAACCAGCAGACCACCAGGCUGGCCCUCCCAUUCGAGACACAUCCCAAGCUCUAGAAAUUACCCAGUAUUUUUUUGAGACUGUAUCUACACAAAUGGAAAAGUGGUAUGAGAGGAAGAUUGAGGAAGCCCGGUGCCAAGCCAAUCAGAAAGCUCAGCAGGAUAAGGCUACACUAAAAGAACAUAUUAAAAGUUUAGAAGAGGAACUCAGUAAGCUGAGGACUAAAGUACAAAAGGAAAGUUAGCACUCAGGCACCAAGUUGGUAAGAGUACUUUGUGGGAUUUCAGGUUUUGCUAUGAACAACAAUGGCUGGGAUUGAAGUGUUCGUUGUGUUGCACAAAGACUUGCCUUUAAAUACAAAUGUACACACACAACACUUAUUUUCUGAAAUGUGAUAGUCAUGCGACU